AUGGGGGCCAAGGCGUCGAAGCCCGCCCAGUCGGCUAUCCGGAAGUUCCCCUCGAGACCGACAGCCAAUGCUCCUCCUCACGCUCGACCACGGCCGCCAUCAGGACGCGCCGAGCCGCGAGCCUCGUCUGUGAAGGAUGACGCAAUUCGAGCUGAUGGCAUAGACCCGGACCCCAACCCUCUGACCAAUCCAGCUUUCUCCCAGCGGUUGAAGCAGAUGGGCGUCGCGACGCCGAACCCGACCCUAUCAAAUUCUUCCACCGUGUCAUCUUCCCCCAGCCGCCCAGACUACGAGUCGACAGGCCCUAGCUUUCCUUCGCCGUCGCAAAACCCGACAUUAAGCGCGUUAGAGGUGCGGCGGCAGUUGCAGGAACGCGCAGAGCUUGAAUUUGAAAAUCUCCGCCACGGAAGGGAGUUCCUAGACGCCGGGACCCUGAGGGAAAUACUUAUAAUGCAAACACAAGGCGCCCCGGCGGUAGAUAUAGAGAAGAGGCUGAGGCUCAAGAGCGGUGUUGAAGACGCGAAGAUAUUCGAAAAUUAUAUGGUUCAGUAA